ACCGUGCGGAGGUGAAGAAGAAGAAGACCACGACGAAGAAGAAAAAGAAGAGGAGGGUGAAUCUACAUUCAGCAGAGGAUGGGAGGAAGAGUGGAGGAAGAGACGUGUGAAUGAGUGAGUGUGUGAGGAGGAGGAGGCGGUGGAGGAGAAGAAGAAGAUUGUCGUGAGGGAGCGAAUUCAAGACCAAUGUUUUGGAGGAGCGUUUCGUGACGGAAACUUUCAACUUUUUUUUAACCGCCACUCACUCGGCUUGUGCCUCAGAGCCGGCCGGCUUUGUCUGCCGUCGCGGGCGUCUAUAAAUGGACUAAAAACAGAGCCCCGUGGUCAUCCGCUUCACGUUAACCUGGCGCUCAUUACUAAAGAAUGGCGGCCAACAUGUAUCGAGUGGGAGAUUAUGUGUACUUCGAGAACUCCUCCAGCAACCCGUACCUGAUCCGCAGGAUAGAAGAGCUCAACAAGACAGCCAAUGGCAACGUGGAGGCCAAGGUGGUGUGUCUCUUCAGGAGACGAGACAUCUCGGGGAACCUCAAUACUCUCGCCGACAGCAACGCAAGGGAAUUCGAGGAGGAGUCCAAGCAGCCGGCGCUGGCUGAGCAACAGAAGCACCAACUCAAACACAGAGAACUCUUCCUCUCGCGGCAGUUUGAAUCGCUGCCCGCCACUCACAUCAGGGGGAAAUGUAAUGUCACCCUCCUCAAUGAAACAGAUGUCUUGGCGGGAUACUUGGAGAAAGAGGACUGUUUCUUCUAUUCAUUGGUGUUCGACCCGGUCCAAAAGACCCUGUUGGCUGACCAGGGAGAGAUCCGGGUGGGCUCCAAGUACCAAGCAGAGGUCCCCGACAAGCUCGCAGAGGGAGAAUUGGACAGCCGGAUCCAGGAGAAGCUGGAGACCAAGGUGUGGGACCCCGACAACCAGCUCAAGGACCCCCAGAUUGACCAAUUCCUGGUGGUAGCAAGAGCUGUCGGGACGUUCGCUCGGGCCCUGGACUGCAGCAGCUCCAUCCGCCAACCCAGCCUGCACAUGAGCGCGGCGGCGGCCUCGCGAGACAUCACGCUGUUCCAUGCCAUGGACACGCUGCAAAAGAACAAUUACGACCUGGCCAAGGCCAUGUCCACCCUGGUGCCCCAGGGCGGUCCCGUGCUCUGUCGCGAUGAGAUGGAGGAGUGGAGCGCCUCCGAGGCCAUGUUGUUUGAGGAAGCGCUGGAGAAAUACGGCAAAGACUUCAAUGACAUCCGUCAGGACUUUCUUCCUUGGAAGUCUUUAGCCAGCGUGGUCCAGUUCUACUACAUGUGGAAGACUACGGACCGCUACAUCCAGCAGAAACGACUCAAGGCAGCAGAGGCGGACAGCAAACUGAAGCAGGUCUACAUCCCCACCUACACCAAACCCAACCCCAAUCAGAUCAUGGUUCCUGGCAGCAAGCCCGGCAUGAACGGGGCGGCGGGCUACCAGAAAGGACUCAACUGCGAGAGUUGUCACACGGCCCAGUCGCCUCAGUGGUACGCCUGGGGGCCCCCCAACAUGCAAUGCCGACUGUGCGCCUCCUGCUGGAUCUACUGGAAAAAAUACGGCGGCUUGAAGACCCCGACGCAGCUGGAGGGCGCUGCGAGAACCGGCUCUGAAUCGGGCCCGCGCAGUCAUAUGACCCGCCAGGAGGUCCAGGGCCUGUCGCCGUUCACCCGCAAUGAGGGCCGCGCCAAGUUGCUCGCCAAGAACCGCCAGACCUUCAUCCUGCAGACCACCAAGCUGACCCGCGUGGCCCGGCGGGUGUGCCAGGACAUCCUGCAGCCUCGGCGGGCGGCGCGCCGGCCCUAUGCCUCCAUCAACGCCAACGCCGUCAAAGCCGAGUGUAUGAUCCGGUUGCCCAGAGCGACAAAAACUCCUCUGAAGAGCAAGCUGGUCCCCCGACCGUCACUGGCCAACAUCGUGAAGGACUUGGCCAUCUCUGCUCCUCUCAAGCUGAAGGCAUCCAGGGGACCCCCAACGCCCAUCAACAGGAACCAGGCCAUCCAGCCUCGGGUGGGCCAAGGCCUCCUGGGAAAGAGGGGCUUUGACAGCGCCACAGGAAUGCCCUACUCCGCCAACGGGAGGUCGUACACUUCGGGCAUGAGGACCACCUCCCAGUCUGUCAUCAAGCGUCAGAAGGUCAGCCAAGGAGAAGCCCCCAACCCUGUUGUGUUCGUAGCCACAAAAGACACCAGGGCUCUAAGGAAACAUCUGACUCAAUCCGAGAUGCGCCGGGCAGCUCGGAAACCUCACCUUCCAGUCCGGAUCAAGCUGCCGCCACCCCCUCGACCUCUGGCCAUGCCCCUGCUCCCUUCCAGCACCAGCGAGCCAAUCGUCCUUGAGGACUGAAUGGUGGUGGUGAAAGGGGAGGAGGGUCUUUUAACAGGAUAGGGGUUGGUGACCAUACCGUUUUGUCUUUUAUUUCCCCAUUUCUCUUUAGUUCGAGCAGUUCCCUCACCAAGAAUUUUUUUUCCAACAUUCAUACAACAGCUCAGGCUUUGUAGGAUUUUAUUCCAGGUCCUGAAUUGUUUUUUACCGCUGCCAGUUUUUAAAUGUGUAAUUUAAGUCUGAGAUAUUUUCUGUCCUCCCCCCUAAAACAUUUUAGGACACUAAAGCACAACGCAUGUAAAUGUGUGCGUCGUCGCUGGAUGUGCCCAAAAUGAAGGGGUGAAGCUUUAAAGUUUUACUCAAGUCCUUGAACAUUUUUUAUUAGCAUCACAAAUGCAGGUGAGCACAAAGCAACUUGCAUGCUAUGAAAAAUGAUUCCCCAAAUCUUCUAGAGGUGUGCAAAUGUUUCACCCGAAAGCCAAAUAUCCCAAGAAAUCCUUACUGUAGAAUUACACAGGCUUGUUUUGUGCUUGCUUGUACAGUAGAGCUGCCACUAUCUUGUUCAGCACCCUCAGCCCUCCUUCACAUCGCUAUUUUAACCCCCCCCCUCCCCCAAAUGCCUUUUUAACAAAAACAAUUGGAUAAUCAGAAUUCCCAAGUUCCACAGCUCUUCGGGUUUGUAAGGAAAUUUGUUUUCCACGCGGCUUUCGUUCCAUUGCAGGCUUUAUCUUUCUUAAAAAAAAAAACAUCGAAAAUAUAACAAAAAACAAAAGAAGAAGAAAUAGGAGUGUUUGUAGCAAAUACUAGUCUGUGUGACGACGGAAAGUGGAUUACUGCAUUAAUGAAAAUGGUUUAUUUUUUUUCCACAAACUGAAGCGCAUCUCUGAGCUCUGUUAUUAUAGCAAAUGGGGGUGGGAUGCGAUAUGGCUCUCCUGAAUUGGGUGGGGGGGUAAACAUUCAAAAAAUUGGGGGGGCCGGCAACUGACUUUUUGUAUGGGGAGCAAGAGAAAUAUGCGACAGGUUUUUUUUUUCCUAAUUUUUUUUUUGUUUUUACUCCAGCAUCUCUGUAUCCUGUCAUGUCUCUUGAUAAGAAAAGAAAUAAAGUUUUUUUUCUUUGUGGUCAA